AUGGAUCACCUCUGGGCGAAGAUGUGCCGCACGGAGUUCGAAUACUCAUCGUUUAUAGCUAGAAACAAGUCUGGUAAGGACUGCAAAUGGUACCAUCUGUAUAAAAACCUAUCGACGUGGGAAACAGUGACUUCUUUCGAUGUACGAAUACGCGAUUUCUACAAAUUUGCAAUACAUGACAAACAUCAUUCGCUGGCUAUAGAUUACGGUGUUUUACCUUUAAAAGAAACCAGAGGAAUUGUGCUCUAUGAUAUGCAUACCAUGAAACACAUACCGGCGGCCGUGCCAGAGAAAGAUUGCAUGAAAAUUUGCCAUAAUGACCACAAUACCGCCUUAUUACUAAAAUCCGGAGUAUUACUGCAGAGAACAGUUGAAAACUUAACUCACAUGUCUGAAGCGUUUUUUACUAACGCACAGAGCUUCGUAUUAGCCGAAAGAGACCUUUAUUUCUUUAGAAAAAGAGAUGUUUUUGUCUGUGAUUUGAAGGCAAAAAAUUUGGAAUCAAAAUUGAUGCUUCAUUGUGAAUAUGAUAUCAAAGAAAUUCAGUAUUAUAGGGAUAAGGUAUAUGUUUUUACUGACUGCGGAAAGAUUGUAAGUAUCGAGAGAAAUGGUACUGUUAAAGCCAAAGCUAUAAACAUCCCACCAGAAUGGAUGAGACAAAUAAAACAUGUCCGAGCAGUUGAUGACCGGAAUUUCGUUUGUUAUUCUAGAAACUUAUUUAAAAUUGAGACUGACAAGUAUAAGCAUUUGUAUUUAGAGUUUCCACCAAUCACGGCCCUGUUCUUCUAUGGGGACUUUGUUCUGAUUGGUACAAGGGCUGGUGAGAUAUUAUUGUACAGGCUGUCUAGUCAAAAAAUGAAUAUUAAACCUAUUUUUGAAAAGCUUGCUGAGUUGCCUGAAGGAAAAUUUGCUGUACAAUUGGAAGUGUGUGAGCGGAAGGUUGGCCCUGUGAUUGUUGUGGCUACAUUUUUUGACAUUGUUCUAUUGGAGAUUGACUUCUUUCCUGAAGAAAGAGAAUUAAGGCCACGUUUUGCUAACAAUAAGCUGUUUUUGUACAAGCGCCUCAUAAGAGUAAGGGAUCGACUGCGUCUGGGCGUGCCAUCAGUUCAAGCUAUUGCAUAA